CGGGCCUGCUCUCCCACCAGGGGGCAUUCCGAAUUUCACCAUUUAAAUGCGGUUCUGGAUGACUCUAACUGUAACGGAUUCUGUGAGGCUGAUAUCAGCGUGGUUGAUCUGCAGCAGAAUGAACAGCUCAGCUAUGUACCCACCUGUCAUGGCCCCCCAAGCCAACAUGUUUUGCAAUGUCCCAGGCUAUGAAGGCACUGUGCCAGGAGGAGGAGGUUUCCUGCCCCCUCCCAUGCCCAUGGAGCCAGUCGCCUCAUCCCAACCCGGCCCUGAAAAUCUCGAAUGGAGCAUCCCCUCUCUCGCUGAGGAUGAGGCUCGGGAGGCAUUCAACAAAUUUGUGUCAUCUCAUAUCUGCUACAGUGAAGAGCCAGUCACUCAGGGAGUCAUCACCUCCAUGGACCCAUUCAACACAUUUAGGUAUCGUCUGGAGACAUUCACUGAGUCCAGGUCAACUGAGUGGGCCCACAAACCACAUGAAGGUGAGCCUGCUGACUUUUACACCCAGCCCGCUCCACGACCAUGGGAGGUCCAGGCCACACACCCCAAACUUUUCAGCGACCAUACAGAGAAGAUCCGGGUGCCCUACACGUCCUCCGUCGAGGAAUGCCACACGUGCCAUGCAGCAGGUACUGAGCAAUGCAGGGAGUGCAGUGGAAGUGGAAAAAAAGCUUGCCCAGUGUGUAAUGGUGCAGCAAAGUCCGAUCCAGCCUGCACUCACUGUAAUGGCACAGGCAAAGACAGGUGUACAAAGUGUGAUGGUAGGGGGAAAAAGCAAUGUGAAACCUGUAAAGGAAAACGUCAGCUGCUGACCUACAUUGAGCUAAAAGUGGAGUGGAAAAACCAUGUGGAAGAUUAUCUGGUGGAGCAGAGCUGUGGUCUGAAGAGUGAUGAGCUGCACUCAGUGAAAGGGAAGGAGCUGUUCAAGAACAGCCAGAACCUGGUCUACCCACUGCUUGGGUUUAAACCGCAAGCAGUCUCUCAGGCCUCUGAGCGUCUGAUCAAAGACCAUCAAACUAAGCAUGGCCAAACCUCCAGGAUUCUGCAGCAGAGGCAGACAGUCGAGCUGAUCCCCAUCACUCAGGUGAACUACAAGUGGAAAGACAAGAGCUACGUCUACUACGUGUACGGCAACGAGCGCAAAGUCAGUGCUGACGACUACCCAGUGACCUGCUGCUGCAUCAUCCUGUAGACCAAAGGUGUCCGGUGUCCUGCAAGUUCUAGUGAUUCCUUGAUCCAACACAGCUGAUUAAAAGGCUAAAUUACCUCCUCAACAUGUCUUGAAGUUCUCCAGAGAUCUGGUAAUGAACUAAUCAUUAGAUUCAGGUGUGUUGACCCAGGAUGAGAUCUAAAACCUGCAGGACACCGGCCCUCGAGGCCUGGAGUUCAGCACCCCUGCUGUAGACUGACAAAUACACCCAGCUGAAAGCAAUUAAACAUGUAAUCAUGCUUCUCUUUUUUUUUUAA